AUUUGUCAUGAACAAACAUGUGAUAAUCGGGUGAUAAGUUGCCUAAUCCUGUUUCAUUUCUCCAAACAAACACGACCUUAGUUUGUCAACAAGGCAUUUGGUACUCCGUACUCGGAUCCGUGUGGGCAACCCGAUUAACUCAUCCUUGUAUCAUGAGCCGAACGCCACCGGCGACUGUCAGAAAUAAAUUCAGUCCGCCGCAGGCCUAAAUCCGCACUCGCAGUUCGAUUACAAUGAAGUACUGAAGCCAAACAACCAAAAGGAAGACAACCCCUUUAAUGGAGGCCGCGAAUUCGAGUGCAAUCGCUCCCACUCGUUUCCCCACACACCAUACAUCCACGGACAUCCUCCCCCAAGCUCGUAUCCUCUGCGAUAUCAUCGCCACCGCCCCCGUCCACGAAGUCGAGGCUCGCCUGGGCGCCGCCCUCAUCCCGCCCGAGCCCGAAAUCGUCCAGCAAGUCCUGAAGCACUCAUACAACACCCCCUCCGCCGCUGCCAAGUUCUUCCGGUGGGCGGGUCUGUCUGCUAAGCACACGGCGUACUCCUGGAACCUCAUGGUGGACUUGCUGGGGAAGAACAACCUCUUCGAGCCUAUGUGGGACGCAAUCCGGUCCAUGAAGAAAGAGGGUUUGCUCACGCUGACCACGUUCGUCUCAGUUUUUGAGAACUACUGCAUCGCCAGGAGGUUUGACGAGGCUAUUAUGACUUUCGAUGUCAUGGAGAGUUUUCACUCCAAUCAAUCAACUGAUGAACUCUACAGGUACGGCGUCACCCCUGACAUCAUUGCCGUGAACUCCUUGCUGAGCGCGAUGUGCCGAGAGGACAAGCAGACCACCAAGGGCCUCGGUUUCCUCGACCGUAUAAAGUCCAAAAUACCCCCGGACGCGGACUCGUACGCCAUCCUCCUCGAGGGCUGGGAGAAGGAGGGCGACGUAGCCCGGGCCCGACACACCUUCGGCGAGAUGGUCAUUCGGGUCGGGUGGGGCCCACAGCACGCGCUCGCUUACGACGCCUUCCUCAGCACCCUCAUCCGCGGGCCCAACACUGACGAGGCCAUCAACUUCCUCCGCCUGAUCGUUAACAAGAACUGCUUGCCGGGCCCACGCUUCCUUUCCAACGCACUCGACGUCUUCACGAGCUGUAAAUGCAACGAUUCGGCCCGCGCCCUCGUCUUGUGGGACCUGAUGGUCGGCGCUGGGCAUGUCCCUAAUCUCGCGAAUUACAACGCGAUCAUCGGCUUGCUCGCGAACAACAACGACGCGGAAAACGCGUUCCGCCUUCUCGACAGCAUGGUCUUUCACGGGGCCUUUCCCUACGACCUGACUUAUAACAUGAUCUUUGAGUGCCUGAUCAGGAACAAGAAGGCGCGGGAGGUGGCGAGGUUUUUUACGGAGAUGGUAAAAAAUGAGAGGGCCCCAACGCCGGAGAAUAUGACAGCUGGCAUUAGGGUUAUGUUUGAAGGAGACGAUCCGGAGACGGCGGUUGAGAUGUGGAAGUAUAUGGUGAGUAAUAACGUCAAGCCGCGCGAUGAUGCGGCAAACGAGGUGCUUUUGGGUUUUUGUACCUUGGGGAGGAUGACGGAUGUGAGGAGGUUUGUGGAUAAAAUGAUUGCUGAGGGAAUUAUAAUAUAUGAGUCGACCAUGGUGAAGGUGAAGGCGGCUUGCUACGCGGGAAAGAACAUGCGUGAGGUGUACGAGCACAUCUCGAAGAAGUGGAAAUCUGCGAUGAAUUAUUGUGGCCUUUUUGGAUUUGAAUUACUGUUUUCGGCAAUAGCUUCUGCUCAUGAACAAGAUGACUGAUGCAUAACAUGCAGUAAGAAUCAUCUGUGAAGGAUCGAUCUAUCAUAUAGAGGAUGGGCGCUGGCGGUACAACUCUUUCGUGUUAUUUUUCCAUAGGUAACAAACAUCAAUAGCUUAGAUAUGAAUUAUUCAACUUUCCUUUAUCCUUGCGCAGUAGGAAUCAUGAGAGUAUAUGAUUUUAUCAAUACGAGUUUUGGCUUUUUGAGGCAAAUAACGCUCUUCAGGACAUGUCCGGACAUUUUCUGCCAAUGCUAGUAGAUUAGCGAGGUUGGAAACAUGCAUCAUUUUCAUCAUGGAUUUGUCUCAUUCGUGCUGGAGAAUAGUAAUUAGAAUAUUUUAGAUUGUGGAGUGUAUGAGAUUAAAAUGCGACCUCUGAAAUUAAUUUCGUAUAUUAAAAGUAAAAUAAAAUGAAUAUGAUUGGUAAUCGUAGUUUGAUAUAUAUGAGAGGGGGUGUAGUUGGCGAAUAUUUCUUUUUGAAAAAUUGUAAGUUUCACAAGCAACCGCAUACAUACACUGGCAAGAUGAAUUAUUGCAGGAUGCAUGUAUAAUUACAACUUCAGUAUAUCCUUAUUUUUUCGCAAAAUUGUCGAGUCUUCCGUGAGAGGGUCCUGCUCUGUCUCCUGUGUCAACUUUCAUUUCUUGGCAAUAUUUUUUGAUAAUCAUAAAUUCAACAUGGUCAAAAUUAAUAAUAUAUAUCUGUUUUAUUUUACCUUGGCCCUCCAUCUUUUCUGCAAAUAAAAUGGGCUAUCUAAAGCUUACUAUUCCCCCGAGUCACGGAUAUUAUAAAAAAAAAUUGCAGAAAAGUUCCUCCCUACAGGUUCCUAGUUGUGUCCAAGCUUAAAAAAAAAAGCUUUACCCACACUGAGAAAACAUAAACAAACCAUCAAGAAUAUUAAAGAAGAUAGCUUUAUAGCUAGGAAAAGAAGAAGAUACCAAAACCUUCCCCACCAAUUGCACCCAAGCACCCAUCAACAACACCCUUUUCUCAUCUCAUCCUUUGAAAUCCCCAUAACCUUCAAAACAUAAAAAAAAGAAAUCUAUGUAUCUCACCAUUAUUCCCUUCUUAGUGCUCUCUAACCACCACCAAUGCCAAAGCAAGUCUUUGACCCCCGCCACCACACUAACCCCAUAAUCUGGUGUGCCGCCAUCAUAUGCGCCAUCCUGGCAGUGGCCGUCAUCUUCGCUGGCAUCAUAAUCUUCAUAAGCUACCUCUCAAUCAAGCCCAAGGUGCCAAAGGUCACAAUCUCCCGGGCCCAACUCAACACCAUAUACUUCGACCAGGCAGGACUACUCACUCUCCAGCUCACAGUCAUUGUCCAGGCCCAAAACGACAAUGCCAAGGCCCAUGCGAAUUUCUAUGACAUGAAGUAUACUCUCAGCCUCCGGGGAAGGAGGUUAGCGUACUUGGUGGCCGGCCCGUUUAAUGUGGGCCCGAAUAGCACUUGGGAGCUGAGUUUCGUGCCCCAGCCGAGCUCGAUCCCUUUGAGCCCGGAGGAGGCGGAUGACAUCAACUUGUCAUUGAGGAAAGGGGUUUUGACUUUUGAGGUGCAAGGGACGACGAGGACUCGGUGGAAAGUAGGAGUUAUUGGGUGGAUUAAGUUUGGGUUGCAUUUGCAUUGUUGGCUUCAUUUGCCGGUGGAUAUGACCGUAAUCAACCCAAAUUGUAGUCCGAGGUCUAAAUAUGGUUAAGGUAUAAGGAUAAUUUUUAUUUUUUUUUCAUUUCUUUCUAUUUUUUUUUUCUCUUUUUGGGCCAAAAUAUCUUU